GCUACAGUUUCUCCAAAGUUUUAUGUUGAUAUAUCAAUCUAGUCGUUCCAGGAAACUGAAAAAAGGACGUGCUUGGGGCACACCCUAGUGGUUGGUUUGUACACUGCAGCCAAAAAUUGAGGACAGGACAGGCGUCAGGUGCGAUAAUUAAGAAGAUAUUUACAAGGAAGGCAGAAGAUUUUUCUCAAAAGAUGUGAGAAGCAAGGUGGGAGAACUGACUGCUUUAUUCUUCUGUCUACUUUAAUAAAUAAUGUCUUCGGUGAGGGUAGCGGUCCGAGUCCGUCCUUUGAACAAAAGGGAACAGCAAAUAUCUUCCAAGAAGAUAAUUCAAAUGGAGGGGAACAGAACAUCUAUUUAUAAGCCCUUAGCUUUUGGUGGGGACAAGCUGGAGGAUGGAGUGAAAACCUUUUCAUAUGACUACUCCUAUGAUUCAUCUGACAAAGGAAGCCCCACAUUUGUAUCUCAGGAGAAGCUUUUCCAAGAUCUGGGAUCUGAGGUCUUGAAAGCGGCAUUUAAAGGUUUCAACGCCUGUAUGUUUGCCUAUGGCCAAACGGGCUCAGGAAAGUCUUACACUAUGAUGGGUGAUGAAGAGGAUAAAGGUUUAAUUCCAAGGAUCUGUGAGGGUUUGUUCCUGGAACUAUCUCACAGAAGCAAGAGUGAGGCGGUGUCAUUCCGCACAGAGGCCAGCUAUCUGGAGAUCUACAAUGAACGUGUGCAGGAUCUUCUCAAAAGAUCUCCGUCCACAGAUAAUGCAGGCUUGAAAGUGAGGGAGCACCCCAAGGAUGGACCCUAUGUGGAAAAUCUGUCAAAGCAUGUGGUUCACAACCACAGCGACAUGGAGGACCUGAUCUGUCGUGGUGAUGCCAACCGCACCAAAGCCAGCACGGGCAUGAAUGACUUCAGCAGCCGCUCUCACGCCAUUUUCACCAUUAAGUUUACCCAGAAGUGUUUUAACAUGGAGUUUCCACAUGAAACACUCAGUAAGAUUCACCUGGUAGAUCUGGCAGGCAGCGAAAGGGCCAAUGCUACACACACCACGGGCAUCAGGCUGAAGGAAGGUGCCAACAUCAACAAAUCCCUGGUCACCCUGGGGAGUGUGAUCUCAGCUCUUGCUAACCCAAGUAUGGGUGGGCAAUCUGCAAAAAAGAUCUUCAUUCCUUAUAGAGACUCUGUGCUGACAUGGCUCCUAAAAGACAGUCUCGGUGGAAACUCUUUAACCACCAUGAUAGCAACCAUUUCCCCUGCUGAUGUGAACUACGGGGAGACCCUGAGCACUUUGCGAUAUGCGAACCGAGCUAAGAACAUAAUGAACACUCCCACGGUGAACGAAGAUGGCAGCGUGAAGGUGAUCAGAGAGCUGCAGGCAGAGGUCAACAGACUCCGAACUCUCCUGGCAGAAGCCUCUCAGGUUUUCCAUGGGGAGUUGUCUACUUCAGUAAAGGUGGAGGCGAAGCUGUGUCAGAAUGAGACAGAGGCUGUGGCACUGAACGGACAAUGGAGCAGUAGAUGUGAGAAGGACAAUUUUCUGCAGGAGGAGACUGUGGCUCUCAGAAAGGAGGGGAGUGGAGUCGUCUUGGACUGCCAGUUACCUCAUCUGAUAGGCAUUGACGAAGACCUGCUAAGCACUGGAAUCAUCCUCUAUUAUUUGAAAGAGGGCAGAACAUUGAUUGGGAGUGAUGAAGCAUCAUGUAGUCAGGAUAUUGUGCUUCAUGGACCUGGACUCCUCCGUGAACACUGUGUGCUUGAGAACCAUGCUGGGACUGUGACUCUCUUCCCUCAGGAUGGUGCACUGUGUUCAGUCAAUGGUUCUGUGGUCAAAGAUCCCCAGCAGCUGAAGCAGGGCUCAAUCAUUCAACUUGGAAAUGGAACCAUACUUCGGUUUAACCACCCAGCUGAAGUUACCCAACUGAGAGAGAAACAGGCACAGAGCAAGCCGCUGUCUGCCUUCAACCUCACUUUGACUGACUUGUCCAAAUCUACUGAGAAUCCAUCCAAGAGAAUGCUGAAAAAUUCACGGAGUUAUGAAGAUUUCGACCAUAAAGAAGUUGGACAAAAGCAAAAGAUGGAAAGUCUGACCGGCUCCAACUGUAACAAAAAAAGUCUUUCAUCAGAAAACAUUGUAGUUUCCAAUCAGAUAGAGGAAAAGAGCAGUCAUUUCAGUCAGAUGGGGGUGCUGCCUGUGGAGAGUGGGUCCAAAGACCCACAUGUCUGUCUUAAAUCUACCCUGGAGAAGCUCAUGACUACAGCCAUUCCUAGAAGAGAUCCUGAUGUCCCUUGCACUGGUUUUGAGUUGGACAGAGAUGCACUACAGGGUGGAGUAAGCACCAGGGAUGGCCAGAAACAGGAGAGGGACUUGUGUCAUAAAUCAGGGCCAAGGCUCAUGUCUGAGAGGCCACAGAGGAAAGCUCAGAGUGGAACUGCAGUUGCAAGUUAUAUGGAAGAGAAGGUUUGGUCAGGGGAUGCCAGCCUCCAGCAGACAACUGUCCUGGGCCCGGGUGAUGGAUGUGGCAUGAAGCCAGAGGGGAAUGCUAAUGACAUCCAAGGUGUCGUGACUGACUGCUAUAAGAGAAGACCUGACUCUGGUGGGAGCUCAUUAGGCAGCAUGUCUCACCUGCAGAGAAGUGGAGGAGGUAGCUUCAUGUCGGUCCUCCCACAGACCAGCACUCAUUCUCAGCUCGACGGAAAGCCUCUCAACAGUCAGGCAUGCUGUCCACCUAAAGACUCAGAAUUUGAGGGCCAUUUCAGUUGUAAAGAGAUGGAUAAAUCUGGAGGUUUGCAGGAGAUGGCGGGAGUUUGUGUGACAGAUUCUUUUGAAGCUAAAAACUCAGGACUGGCCUCUUUGCUUAGCAGAGUUUCUUGGAUUGUCCAAGAUGCAACACGUCGACUUUGGAAGUCUCCCACAAUACUGCAGCAAAUCACGGGCAUAAAGUUACAACCUAUUGGUUCCCAGUGGUCCAGCCAUGUCGUCUCUCUGGUCAGGGAAAGUAAUGUUCUGUCUGUAGUGAAGGACAGUCAGGUCUCCUCCAUAGUUAGAGGGAGCUUUGUUUUUUCUCUCUUCAGAGAUAGUCAUAUUUUCUCGGUAGUGAAAGAACUACCUUUCAUACAGCACAUCCAGAUGAAUAUAACUCAACAUCUUCAGCCUGAGGAGACGGUUAAGAUGAUUCAAGACUUCCUUAAUCCUGACAACACCCCACUCUCAGCCGUGACACCAGCACAAACCAUGGUAGAAGAAUUGCAAGGUGAUGUGCAGCAAAUCCCAGAGGAUAUCUCGAGAAGAGAUUGGCAGUCCCCACAAAAGCAAGACAGAGCUGAUAUUCAUGUAAAACAAGGAGAUGAAAAUGUUACAAUGUCUUUGCCAUCAAAUUAUCUCAGUGAGAUGGAUGUUACCCAUGAACCUAGAAGAGGAAAUCAGGCAAUGGAAGACUCAAAGAUUGUGCACAUUGGCAUUCAAACAUUAAUAGAAUUUCCUGAUUCCCUGGUGAAAUUACAAACUCUGCCGCUGCAAGACAUGAUGGACACUUUACAAUCCAUCAUUCCCAACUCAGUGUUUACCUCCAAAAGAAUAGUAGCUCUCCAGUGGCUCAAUGUGGCUACAUGUAGCCAGCCUGAACCCCAACCUGCCCUUCUGAUCCUGAUGGAAACUGGUCUUUAUACCUUGACCAUUAACCUUGGGUUCCUGGUCCUUUUACAUCACCUACCUUUGAUGCAGCUGAGGGAGAUACACGUAGGCUUAGCAGGCCACAGUUUACGUCUAAUGGGCACUACAGAGGAAAGCAUGCUAGCAGUCUAUACCCAUAGCCAGAAGCAUACCAAACAACUGUGCUGGACAAUACUGGAUGUGAUCUGUCCUGGGGACAUCAGGAUAUUGCACUACCCACUGCUGCAUGAAGACUUAAUGAAGAUGUCUUUAGACUGUCAGUUCUGUCUACCUGACCUGCUGCUGGAUGCUGGUUUAAAGGUUUACUGCCGAUUUCAGAAGAGCCUCAUAGAUCUGGUGUAUCUUAUUCAUUGUAAUAUGGAUGGAGAGGCCAUCACUCUGGGAGAGAUGCAGCUACUUCUAUACGCAAGCGUAGCAGUGCAUAUCAGCCCUGGUAGCCACAGCAAACAUUUAGCCCAAUUCUUUCUCACAGAUACACAUCUUGGUCUGGUCAGGGAGGAUGCCGUCUUUCACCCAGCUCCACAGUCCGUCACCGUAGAGGCCCGCCAUGCGCAGUUCCGUGACUUAACUCUUCGUCAGAACUCAGAUGUGCGCUGCAUACUGGUGCACGAUGAAGACAAGAGUGGAUCUGUCAGACUGGAUGUAAUCCUUGCAAAUGUGAGGGGCAGGGGUCACCCUGAAAGCGUGACGAAGGCAGCUACCUCGUCUGAACAUGCUCUAAAUUCAUCUCUGCAUGCAGAAGUGUGGAAAUUAACUUUCAGCUGCUCCACUGAGGCUGCCUGCCUGAUUAAUCACUUGUCAAACGUCUGAUCAAGGUCUGAACGGUCGGUAAUGAACAACCCAGCUUGAAAACUCUCACUCAUGGGGCGUAAUGUCAAAAGUGCAUCCCAACCAGACAGCGCAAAGGAUGAGUUUAUUGUUAUAAAUGACAGUUAAAACUAUGACCUACUUGAGGUUUUUGUAUUUUUAUUUAUUUUUUGUCAUAUUAAUGUCGCAUGGCUUUUGCACUUUAUCUUUAAACCCUCUAAUGUCUUUGUUCUUGGACUGUUUGUGUUCUUUACUGACCUCCUCCCCAUUAUUUUUGUCAGUUUGUUGUUCAGUGUUUUAAAUAAUGUUUAAUAAGUUUUGUAAUGUUCUUGAAAGCUUUUAGAUUACUAAUCUGAACAAAUUCACACGACUGUCA